AUGAGCGAGCAUGAAGUGAACGCGAAGGCUGCGGAAUCCUCGGUUGCCCGCCCCGCGGUGCGCACCUUGCAAGAAGUGGAGGAACAGGAAAAGGAGCAGCUUCGGAAGGCACUGUACUAUGACCUAUUGGACGUGGAGACUACACUCUUGAAGGAGGAGUUAACGGCGGAGGACACAAUGCGCCAAGCAAGGGAGGCACGAGAAGAGUUUACCCGGGCGACGAUGCGUCCAAUGAAUGAGAAAUUAGAUGGGUUUCGUGGCUUUAUGCGCAUUUUAUCUAAGGUUGAACAUAAAAAUGUGUUCCAGGUGUUUAUAAUCACAACCGCAGCCAUGUUUACAGUUCCUAUCAUUGUGCUUCUUUUUGGUAUGCACGUUGUGGCACCGUAUUUUGGCGUUGAUUCGGGUGUCUGUGGUGGGUUUUUGGCAUUAAGCUCCACUCUCGCCAUCAUGGCAAUAUACGUCAUGUACGCCUUUUUGGAGCCUGGCCCGGGUUCAGCUGCAGCGAGGCCGGGCAUGGAGGGCAAGAAGCGGCAGUAG